AUGGAUUACGAUCACAGAGUCCAAAAUCAACAUAAUAAUAAAUAGAUAAACUUAAAUUAGCUCAAACAGCAAUUAAAAAGGAACAUCCAAACCGAAUCAUAAUAUCAAGUAUUUCAUGAACUAUUAUAUUAGUAAUAAUUGGAAUAAUAAAAAUAGCAGUAUUGUCAUUUACUAAAUAAAUAAAAGAGUACAUUAUAAUUAAUUAAUUAGAAAUUAACAAGGUUAUCCAUAAACUUUAGGUCUUAGUAAUUGAUUUUUUUCAAGUAUUCUAUUUAUAUACAUAUGAAUAUUAGAAUGUAACCUUGAUGUAAGCUAAAACUUUAAGAAUGAUUUUACAUAAUAAAUUAAUGUAGAAAAAUGCAUAUUUCCUAUCAAUUACGAAAUACCUACUAAUUUCAAUUUCAAAGAAACUUAUCCUAAUUGUUAACAUGAUAUACUUAAUUAAGGCAAUUGUUUAUCAUCUUAUUCAUUUGCUGUUCUUCUGCCUUUUCUGA